AACGAGAGAGAGAGAGGCGUAGGCUUUUUCAGCGUCGCCACUCGCCAAGCAUGAAACCCGGACAGCAUGGACCGAUUCCAGUUCGGCGAGGUUUGCGCAUCGAAGCUCGGAGGUACGGAGGAGGCAGUAUAAAAGAGGGCGGCUUCAAGGAAGAAGGAUCGUCAAUCUCACUCCGGACCAAUUUCGGUCGGAGGUGAUUUUCUAGAAAAGUUUUCCGAUCAGAGAAGAUUUUGUUCCGGCCGGCGGACAGCAACUCUCUUCGACGGUGAAGUUUGGUGGGCAGCAGAUUUAUUUUCGACGGUGGCGUUGGACGGUUGGCGGAAGUCCAAAUCGCAAGUAUCUUCCUGAAAUUGAAGAUGUGGGCAGCAUCUUGUCUCGCAUCGUGUUGUGCUGCAUGCGCUUGCGAUGCUUGCCGGACGGUGGUGUCAGGGAUCAGCAGGCGGUCAGCUCGGAUUGCGUAUUGUGGUCUCUUUGCAUUCUCACUAAUUGUGUCAUGGAUUCUUCGAGAGGUUGCUGCUCCCUUUAUGGAGAAAAUCCCGUGGAUUAAUCAUUUUCAUCAAACACCAGAUAGAGAAUGGUUUGGAACUGAUGCAGUACUUCGAGUUAGCUUGGGAAACUUUCUGUUUUUUACUACUCUAUCGUUCAUGAUGAUUGGUGUAAAGAACCAGAAGGAUCCUCGGGAUAGUGUGCACCAUGGUGGUUGGAUGAUGAAGAUCUGCUGCUGGUUCCUCAUAGUGAUAUUCAUGUUUUUCCUUCCAAAUGAGAUCGUCAGCUUGUAUGAAACAACUUCAAAGUUUGGUUCAGGACUGUUCCUUCUUGUUCAAGUUGUGCUGUUGUUGGAUUUUGUUCACGGAUGGAAUGACAAAUGGGUGGGAUACAAUGAGCAGUUCUGGUACAUUGCGUUGUUUGUUGUUACACUUAUAUGUUAUGUGGCUACAUUUGCCUUCAAUGGACUUCUUUUCCAUUUCUUCGCACCAUCUGGACAUGAAUGUGGGCUAAACACAUUCUUUAUUGUGAUGACUCUUAUUUUUGUCUUCUGCUUUGCUGUGGUCACUCUUCAUCCUUCUGUGAAAGGAAGCAUCUUCCCAGCUUCAGUUUUAUCGUUGUACUGCACAUAUCUUUGCUACAGCGGUCUUGUGAGUGAACCUAGGGAUUACGAAUGCAAUGGCUUUCUUAACCACUCAAAAGCUGUUUCCAGUGGCACACUUACUCUUGGGCUCGUCACGACAGUUUUAUCUGUUGUCUACUCAGCUGUCCGUGCUGGAUCUUCUACAACUUUGUUUUCUCCUCCAAACUCACCACGGGCAGGCACUGGAACUGGAAAGUCUUUGCUACCUUUGGACAGGGCCGAUGAGCAUGAAGAGAGAGAGAACGCAAAGCAUGUUACAUAUUCAUAUUCCUUCUUUCACAUUAUCUUCUCGCUUGCUAGCAUGUAUUCUGCAAUGCUCCUCACAGGUUGGUCAACCUCUGUGGGUGGGAGUGGGAAAUUGGUGGAUGUCGGGUGGGUGUCUGUUUGGGUCAGAAUUGCGACCGGGUGGGCAACUGCUGCUCUAUUCAUCUGGUCCCUGGUUGCUCCAAUUCUCUUACCGGAUAGGGAGUUCUGAGCAUAGGCCAAACGGCCACAAUAUUUUGUAUAUAGGCCAGGAUCACAACCUGUGACUUAUGAAAUUCUCUCCUUAAUGCCAUCUUAAUCCUUGCAAGUGGAUUAAUGGAGAUGUUGAGCUGUAAUAAUACCAUUUUCUAUGAGGUGCCAUGUUCAUCUGUGAAAA